AUGGCCUCGUCCCUCCCGCCCGACCUCUUUGACCAAACCACAAUCAUCUCCCUCCUCUCGACCCUCGCCAUCGUCCUCGUCGCCUACGCCACGUCGCGCCUCGUCCUCCCCCGCGCCACAACCUCCGCCACGCUGCGCUUCCUCUUCAUCUGGCACCUCGCCGACGCGCUCUGCCACUUCAUCCUCGAGGGCAGCUUCCUGUACCACUGCUUCUACUCCUUCAUUCCCGCGGCUGAAGCGGCGGGCAAGGACCUGGUGCCCACGCCGUAUAAUUUCCUCGGAUUGGGGGAUAGCAGGGUCUAUGGCCCGCAGAGCGGCGGGGAUAAUCCGUUUGCGCAGCUGUGGAUGGUGUAUGCGCGGGCGGAUAAGAGAUGGGCGGGAGCUGAUCUGGGCGUCAUCAGUCUCGAGCUUUUGACCGUCUUCUUUGAUGGACCCCUGGCGGUGUACAUCUGCUACCUGAUUGCAAAGGGAAACCCCAAGGCUAGCAUCUGGAUGAUUGUCCUGGCGACUUGUGAGCUCUACGGAGGUUUCAUGACUUUCUGCCCCGAGUGGCUCACCGGCAACAUCAACCUCGACGGCAGCAACUUCAUGUACAUGUGGGUGUACCUGGUCUUCUUCAAUAUGCUGUGGGUCUUUAUCCCGCUGUAUGCGGUUUGGUACUCGAUCAACGACAUCUCAAACGCCUUUGUUGUGCGACAGGCUGUCAGAAGGACGGCGAAUAAAAAAUUCGAUUGA